CGUGAAAAAAAAAACAGAGAAAAAACUAGCCGUUGCAUUGGAAAUACUUACCGUUAAUGCCAGAAGCCUACAUCCAUUUUGUCUCGUACAAAUUUGAGCAAUCUCAAUACAGAAUGGUGAAUGAAGAGUUGACGAAGAACCCCGAUAACCCAAAAGCAGUCAAUGGAGAAAAACGUGAGGCUUUGUUCAGCCCAAGAUUCAAAUCAGUGGCUGCAAAGGCGGGUUGGGACGAAGAAGCGCUUCUAAUGGCUUGUCAUGUUGUCGAACAAACUCCUGAUCGCGGGCAUAAACAAAAGAAACUCCCUGUUAUGCAGCAUUUUGUGACUCCGCCUACAAAUUCCAGAAGGAAACGAAGGGCUCAGAGGACGAGCCCAGCCUCCAUUCGUGUUGCUGUUAUUGAUCUUGAUGAUGGUGAUGAUGACGCUGCAAAACAAGCAGAAACUGAGAAAAAGAAGCUAGAGCAAAAGUGCACUGGAAAAGGAGAUAAGGAACGAGUUGACACAUCAAAAAACCCGGGCUCUUGUGUUUCCUCUUCUGAUUCGGCCAUUCAGUGCAUCGAUAAACUUCGUGAAGAACUUUCUUGUGCUAUCUGUUUGGAUAUUUGUUUUGAACCAAGUACCACUCUUUGUGGACACAGUUUCUGUAGAAAGUGUUUGCAGUCUGCAGCCGACAAAUGUGGGAUGCGAUGCCCCAAGUGUAGACAAGUCAUCAGCAAUGGAAGAUCUUGCAUUGUAAACACAGUUCUUUGGAAUUCAAUUCAACUUCUAUUUCCCAAACAAGUAGAGGCAAGAAAAGCAGUUGGAGCUUUAAAUAAUAGAGAAGCUCAGCAUCAAAGUCCAGCAAGAAUUGCUAAUCAUACUAAUAUUUCAAGAUGCAGAACCGAUUCCGGAUCCGGGAAUCCACAACAAAGGAACUCUCAUUCUAUGAGAAGUCAAAAUGUGAGGCAUUCUGGGAUGUCAAGCAGAAACGGAGACAUUAUUAGCUUAAGAAGGACACAGAGAAAAUUACCACCAAGCCAGGUGGCAUUGCGACUGCAGAGAGAGGAGUAUACAGAGACGUUUAGGACAAGGCGCUCUGAUGAGCAGUACAGGAAUGCUCUUGCUCUAGCUAGAGCGAAUUUGAGGGCCAUGGCAUCAACAGCCAUUAACAAUAUUCGUGUUAGAGGCCGAGGAACAUAAAUUUAGAUUACCUAAAUGUGGAGCCACUAAGCAAAUAGAGAAAACUAACCAAAAUAUAAUGCAGGAUGCCAUUUUUGUUUUACUUUUUAAUUAGAUUUCAAUCAAUAUGUUGAUGACACA